CCUAAAGCCGGUGUAACGUGAUCCCGCACGCGCCAGUCGAAUCUCAUGCUAGCUCAUUCGCACUGCAGACUGUUACUCGUCUCUGUCUCGGAGCAUUUCUGAUCAAAAUCACACUUUAAACAUGGGGAAGCUUUCGACAUGGACGCUUCUGGCAGUCUUUUCUCUGCUGGUAGUGAAAGGAAUUUGUGAGGAUCUGGAUUUGUCAGAUGCAUUGGAUGAUAAGCCACCUACUUCAGCUCCUAAAGUGGAACCAGCAGGCGGUGACGUGAAACCCACGACCAAGCGUCCUGUUCAGCCCACAGUCCCAGUAAAGAAUCCAGUAAAACCCAAGCCCAAACAAACAGAAGAGACAUACACUGAUUUCUUUGAUUCCACCAUUCGGCCGGGUCUGUUGCCCCGAACAACCACUAAACCUCUCCAAACCUCUGUUCACCCCCGGAAACAGUCUGGUUCUGAUGACUUCGAUCUUAGCGAUGCUCUUAAUCCCGACAAUGACAUCAGAGGAAAGGGCAAAGACUCGGACAAAAAUGAUAAAGGCCUUGCAGGAGGUGGCCGUGAGGAUGGCCAAGUCAAUAGCCGAGGUGGAACUAGUGCUGGUGGAUUCUCAAACGAUGACCUUGCUGAUAUUGGCAAUGACAAUACCUAUAAACCAGACAAAGGCAAAGGCAAAGGUGGACAAGGAACAAGUGGCAAUGAUUUGGAGCCUGCUGAUGAAAAUAACUACGACACCAUGGCUGAGACCGGUACCAUCGCUGGUAUCAUAAGUGCCGUUGGCAUGGCGCUGGUUGGCGCGGUGAGCGGCUACAUCUCCUAUCAGAAGAAGAAGCUAUGCUUCAGCAUACAGCAGAGCCUGAACACGGAUAUGGUGAAGGCAGACGCUCCAGAUGCUGUAGUAGCUCAAGAGCCACAAGUUCAACAGACUCUUCUCCAGCCUCCUAAUGCUGAGCCUCCGACAGAGGAAAAUGCCGUCUAACCUGAAAUACAUCGCGCAAACUAAAGGGGCAAAGUUUCAAAUCUUCAUUCUCCCAUUCAAGUACCACUAUGUUUCCCAGCACAUGUGCACCGCGCGGCCCUUUUGAAGUACUAAUGUGACUGUUUAAAUCCAGCUUAAUAUCACUUUAUUUAUUUAACUGUUAAAGCCUGUUUGCAACAAUUUUGCUAUGUAAAAGAAAACCGUAAAAAAUGAAGUCUCGAGACUGAGAAACCACUUGAGUUUUUAAAGAUUUGUUAUGGACUCCCUCACUGUACUGUAGUACAGUCUUGUUGUUUACCUUCUUAAGAUUAGCUCAGACAAAUGUAUACUUAAAGGAUUACUUGACUAAAAAUGGACUAAAAUCUGUCAUUAUUUACUAAACCCAUAUGGGUUUCCUCUGCAGAACACAGAAGGAGGUAACUGAACAAAAAUCUGGUUGGGCGAAUUCAAUCCGGUGGCAUUUAAUCAGGAUUUACGCCCAAGAGUGUCAGUAAAUGUUGAUUUUAGUGAAAACAAUCUGAUAUUGAAUCAUGAAGCUCCAGUGUUCAUGCCAAAACUGACAAACAUAAAGAGCUUACACAGGUGAGAAAUGACCCAGAUAGCACAGGUACGUCUGUAAGAUGUCAUGUCUGCCAAAGAUCUGGAGAUCUGAAAAACAUCUGCUCUGUAAAAACAUGAUAGAAGUCUUAAAAAAUGCAGUUUUACAUCCAUUCUAAAUCAUAAACAUCUUACAGACAACUUCUAAAUGUCUAUAUGACAUCUGACAGUAGACGUCUCAGAGAUGUAUUGCAGAUGAACAAACAAUCAAAGAAAAAUACGUUUUGCAGAUGUAAAUGCAGACAUCAAAUAGAUGUCUCCUAGAUGUAUGCGUGCUAUCAGGGGACGGCUGAAGAGACAAAUACAAAUUUGGAAGGACAUGAGGGUCAAUAAAUAAUGACAGAAUCGUAACCUUUGUGUGAGCUAAUUCAGAUGAUUGGUGAUUCUAACGUUUACAGAAACAAGUGAUUGGAUAAUCAGCCUUUAUCUAGACUGUUUCCACAUGUUGUUACAGUAAUACAGUUGUUUGGAAUUUGCUAUUGAAUCUAGAUCAUGAAGAAUUUGUCUUAUUAUUUUUA